GGGAAAUCGCCGAACUCUUCAACAGGCGAUCUGUAUUGGCUACGAUGCCUUGCUAUCAGCCACUGGCGACCCCCUGGCUAUGCUGAGGAAGAGCUUAGGCCAAUCCUUGAUGAACCGUUUAUACCGCUCCUUCACACCCAGCGAUUGAUAAAGGCAUUGAAUAG